AUGGCGCGCCCGCGAGCUGCGUCGGGCGCUGACGCCCCGAAGGAACCCCAUGCGGUUUCCCUGAAAGUGUUACGUCUCUCGCGGCCUUCGCUGUCAUAUCAAUCCCCCCUCCCCGCGGCAAAUACGAAGAUCUCUCCCAAAGCCUCCCUGAGCUAUCCUUCCGCCAGUUCCGAUGAGCAAUUUAUACUUACACCUAGUCUCACCCUCCCUCCCGCCUUCGGAUCGGUCUACGUCGGCGAAACCUUCGCCUGCACCCUGAGUGCAAACAAUGAAAUCUCCCCCGACGAAACCGGUCGCGUGGUAACCUCCGUGCGCAUCGUCGCCGAAAUGCAAACCCCGUCGUCGGUUGCAACGCUCGACCUUGACCCACCUAGUGACUUGGCCCAAUCAGACGGCCUACAAAUCGGCGAGUCUCUCCAGAAGAUCGUGCGGUAUGAUCUGAAGGAGGAAGGGAAUCAUAUUCUUGCUGUCAGUGUCAGCUACACCGAGACCCGGAUUGGCGAAAAUUCCCAAGCAGCUAGCGGCCGUGUCCGGACCUUCCGCAAGCUAUAUCAGUUCGUUGCGCAGCCAUGCCUGAGUGUGCGGACAAAGGCAUCGGAACUGCCUCCAUUGGAGGUGGAAAAUAAGUCACUCGGCCCGUAUGGGAAAACACGACUGCUUCGGUUUGCCCUGGAAGCGCAGUUGGAGAAUGUUGGGGACGGAGCAGUGGUUGUUAAGAAAACUCGCCUAAACCCCAGACCACCCUUUAAAUGUCAAUCCCUCAAUUGGGACGCCACGAGUCCAGACUCCUCCACCGGCCCGCCCACCCUAAACCCGCGCGACGUCCUGCAAGUCGCGUUCCUUGUGGAGCAAGAGGAAAGCCGAACGGAAGGCCUCGACGCCCUGCAGAAGGAUCUGCGGCGCGACGGACGCGCCACCCUGGGCCAGUUGUCGAUCGAAUGGCGCGGCGCCAUGGGCGACAAGGGCUUCCUCACGACGGGCAACCUGAUGAGCCGGAAACGCGCUUGA